UUACAAAAUACAGGAUGACAAUUCUUAAAUGUUAACAUUAAAUAUUAAAAAAUUUGUAUUUGCUGCACGAAUUCUUUUAUUGCCGCAGCAAAUAUUUACGUACGCAACUUUAAAAAAUGCGCCCUCACAAGCAGUAUGGCGAUAUAAAAGUUUAAAAUUAAGAUAUCAAACUGAAUUUUGUUAAAUAUAGUGAUUAGACCAAAUUUUGUAUUACAUUUCUGAUUGAAAUUUAUAAAUAAUAGAUAAAAGAUGUCAAAAGCGACGAAACGUAAGCACGUCGUUAAAGAAGUCGAGGACUUGAGCGUUCCUACCGAAUCACAAUCAAUUGUGCGAAUAAUUGAAUCGCGGGGUAAUAAUCUGCACGAAGUUGAAAAUGCUACUGGAGAUCAAUAUCUUGUAUCUAUGCCAACGAAAUUUAGAAGAAACAUUUGGGUGAAACGAGGAGAUUUCGUGUUGGUGGAACCGAUACCGGAAGGAGAUAAAGUGAAGGCGGAAAUUGUUAAAAUACUAACGCAAGAACAUAAAAAAUGGUAUCGUAAGCAGAAUUGCUGGCCCCGUGAAUUCGAUGAAAGUGCAAACGCCAAAGAGGAUGCUGAGGAAGAAUCAGACGAUAUUUUUGUAAAUACUAAUAGAAUACAACACAAUUUGAAUAGGAUAAAUAAUAGUGACACGAGUUCCGAUGAAUCCGAUUCUAGUUAAAAUUUUUGUUAUAUUUUAUUAUAUGAAAUAAAAGUAUUUGUCUAAGUUAAUGUAAAUUAAUGCAAACACGGAAAGUGGAAGGAGAAUAGACUUUCGUUUCAUCGAUGAUUCAUUUUAAUUUCGUUGCUAUGAUUCACAUUUUAAUAACGUUUGAGAUUCCAAAGAUGUUACGGCAAGAUAAAAUUUGACUGGAUGUGUACUGACUUUUAUGACUAAUUGCUGGAGCUUCUUACUUCUUGACGAGUUUAUAUAUUUUGAUUUACAGAUUAGUACAUACUGAUUAAUGCAUUAAAGUUAAAUAUUUCGUUUCUCCGUAACGAAAGAAAAAUGUUUCUGUUUGAAGAACUUGAGUGUUAUCGCGACAAUUAUUGUUGCAUUGUUUCUGAUUAAUCUUAUCGGUUAGCAUGAUUUUUGCAGUACGCGUCCCCCCGCCUUGUGUCGAUUAAUUGUACUUCUUAAAUUCAUGAAGUAUGGUACUUAAAACCCGUUGUUAAUGUCUUUGGAAUCUUUAUAAAUUACCCCGUUCAUUAAGUACAAUGGCAAAUAUGUUGUUGCAAAUCCCUCGAUUUACGUAGACACUUUUUUACUUUAUUACUUAAAAUGUACUUUUUCGUUUGAAAUCAUAAAAAAAUUAGCGGAGGAAUUAAAUGUAAAUAACAUUAAACCAGCGAAUGUUAGCGUGUACAUGUAGUUAGGCAAGAAACAAAUUCUUGAUCAUAUUAAGGAUUAUUUAAGAAGUGUAUAUUUUAUUUAAUGCUAUAUUUUCGGACUUUGUCUUACGUCUAAUAAAACAUUGGAAAUAU